GAAGCCCUCUCUUCCUCCUUCUUCCUCGCUCUGCCAUUUCCCCCCCUCCUCUUGGGCCCACCUGUUCACCGUGGACCAAACAAAGCGGGGGAGACGGAGAGCGAGGGGGGGAGCGGGGUCGCCGGCGCCGCGGAAAGCGGCACUACCCAGCCGGGACCCCAUGGGCAAGAAGCACAAGAAGCACAAGUCGGAGAAAUACCCGUAUGAAGACUAUGUCGAGAAACCCUUAAAGCUUGUUUUAAAAGUGGGAGGAAAUGAAGUUGCUGAACUUUCUACACAGAGUUCAGUACCCGAUCCUGUACUGUAUGAUGACAAAAAUGAACAUGAAAAACACAAAGACAAGAAAAGGAAGAAGAGAAAGAAAGCAGAAAAGCAAGUUCCCGGAGAAGAAAAGGAAAAAAGAAAGAGAAAAGUCAAGGAAGAUAAAAAGAAACGAGAUAAAGACCGCGGAGAAAGUGAAGGAGAAAGAGACCUGAAAGGCCAAAACACCAUAAGACUGGAGUUGCCCCCAGAUAAACCACUGGCCAGCAGUUUAGCCAAACAAGAAGAAGUGGAACAGACACCGCUUCAAGAGGCUUUGAAUCAACUUGUGAGACAGCUGCAAAGAAAGGAUCCAAAUGCUUUCUUUUCAUUUCCUGUGACUGACUUUAUUGCUCCCGGCUACUCCAUGAUCAUUAAACGCCCAAUGGAUUUUAGUACCAUGAAAGAGAAGAUCAAGAACAAUGGAUACCAGUCCAUAGAAGAACUAAAGGACAACUUCAAACUGAUGUGCACUAAUGCUAUGGUCUAUAACAAGCCGGAAACCAUUUAUUACAAGGCGGCAAAAAAACUAUUGCAUUCAGGAAUGAAAAUACUCAGCCAGGAACGGAUUCAGAGUUUGAAACAGAGUAUAGAUUUUAUGGCAGACCUUCAGAAAAGCAGGAAGCAGAAAGACAAAACGGACCCAGAGUCAGUGGGAGAAGAAGACGGUCUUGAGAAAGACCCGAGCUCCAUGGAAACAGACGUCAGAGACUGUAAAACUCCCAGCAAAGAACACAAAAAGAAAGACAAAGAGCUGCUUGAAGAAAAAAUAAGGAACAGUAAUUUAGAGAGGGAACAGGAACUGAUUGAACGAAUCAUCAGAGAAUCGGGAGGGAAAUUAACAAAACGGUCUGCUAACGCUCAGUGCGAGUUCGAAAGAAGAAAACCUGACGGCACAACCACCCUGGGACUUCUUAAUCCAGCCGAAAAUAACGCAGGGGAACUAGGUCAUAAUUCCGCGAAGCUGGGCGUGACAGCCGGAAAGCUGCAGUCGGGCGUGAAUACCUUACAGGGCUUCAAAGAAGACAAAAGGAACAAAGUUACUCCAGUGAUGUACUUGAACUAUGGGCCUUUUAGCUCCUAUGCCCCAGCUUACGACUCCACAUUUGCAAACAUCAGCAAGGACGAUUCAGAUUUAAUUUACUCGACUUACGGGGAAGAUUCUAAUCCAGGGGGGUUUAAUAUUAGCGAGUUUUUGGCGAAGUCUCAGGACCACCCCUACGUCAUGGCUGACAGCCUGCUGGACGUCUUGACCCAAGGAGGGCAUUCUCGCUCACUCAGAGAACUGGAGACGCCAGCAAAUGAAACUGACGGCCGGUCUGGAAGAGCCGACGUGAUAAAAGACACCGAGAUCAUAGAAAUGGAACCAACCAGUAGGCUUGACUCCUCUCUUAGCAAGGAGAGGCUUACCGCUCUGAGAGCCGUGACCAAUUUCGGGCUGCACAUGGAGGAGUUUGAGUCGGAAGAGGCAGAAGUCUUCCAGAGAAAACUUGAUGAAACCACGAAACUACUCCGGGAGCUCCAAGACGCUCAGAACGAGCGGCUGAGUACGAAGCCACCGCCUAACAUGAUUUGCCUUUUGGGACCAUCUUAUAAGGAGAUGCAUUUGGCUGAGAGAGUGACCAAUAAUCUAAAAGAUCUUGCCCAGCAAGUGGCUCCGGGCGAUAUCGUGAGCACAUACGGGAUCCGGAAGGCCAUGGGGAUUUCAAUCCCUUUAAGGGACACGGGAGACAACUCUGUCGACCUGACCGAUGAUGUGCCGGAACCGUCAAAAACUCCCAUUCCCAUUGAUUGUGAAGCACUUGCCACCUGAUGCUUUAGAACAGUUUCUAAAUAUAAAUUGCAUGUGUGUAUGUUGGGGGGGGGAUGACAACGUUUGUCCUGAAGCAUGUACUGCCCCCCCCCCUUUGUGUUACUAUUGCGUGUGGGGGACAUUUCUGCAUUCUUAUUAAAAAAUUUAAAA